GUUACUGAAAGGGAGAUGGUUCUUGUGCUUGUAGUUCUGGUAGUUUUGGGAAAAGAAGUAUAUGGUAACAAGGAACAAUGUGAGAACCAUGCUGUUAAAGCCAAGCUGUUUGAUGCUAUUUGUUCAGGUGUUAAACAAACAAGAAUUAAAAGCCAAGAAACAGGCACAACAUAUACUAGAUGGGGGAGAACGAAAUGUGCUGGAGACAAAACAGAAAUCGUAUAUAGUGGUUUUGUUGGUGGUGCGUCUCAUUCUGACAUUGGUUCUCAAGUGAACAUGCUCUGUGUACCAACACAGCCUCAGUAUGCCAUUAACAACAAGAAAGUAGAUAAUCAUCCAUGGCUUGGUGGAACCAUAUACAGUAUACAUCAUAUGAAUACUCCUAAUACCGCUCUAGAUCAUUCAAAAUAUACGCAAUAUGGUAUUCCAUGUACUGUAUGUAGGGCUAGAGCUAAAACAUCUGUUAUCAUGAUUCCGGGUCGAAAAGAAUGUAUAGGUGACUGGGAAAAAGAAUACAAUGGGUAUUUAUUUGGUGGAAAUCCUACAUUCAAAUCAGGUUCCGAAUAUGUCUGCAUUGAUGAAGUUCCCGAACGACUAAAGAAGGCUACGAGUUGGUCGGGAAAACCUAUUUUAAAUCCGGUUCAUUCCAAAUGUAAUGAAGCCAUGCCUUGUCCACCCUUCAUAGACGGAAGAGUACUAACCUGUGUAGUCUGUUCAAAAUAAAUAAAGAUAGACUCAUCAUAAA